AUGAAAGGAAUGAAAUCAUAUCUGUUAGAAUCCGAAAGUUACAAUAGCGACGAAGAAGGAAAAUCUGAUGAUCCAGUGGCAAUAGCUCAAAUAGGCCUAUUGAAUAAUCGUAACGUACCAGUCACAAUUUUUCACGGAUAUGGUGAAUUAAUUAAUGUUAUCUGGAAUGCUAAUGGUCAACCAAUGCUUCUUUAUGAUGUUUGUUUUUAA